AUGAAACUAAUAGAUAACAAUGAGAAGAUUAAACAGCAAACCCAUAAUAUUUCUUCUGAAAAAGUUGUUAAUAUACCUAACUCUAUUAUAGAUCAAUACAAUAAUUCAACUGUUUCUUCUAACUUAUCACUUGUUACAGAAACUUCUCUAAGAAAUAAUGAAAUUGAAAGUAACAUAAAAACUGUUUCCUCAGAAAACGAUCAGCAAAAAAUUAUUCUAAGAUUAGAACUUAAGUCUAUUACUGACGAUUCUGAUGAGAUUGAAUUUACUAAAAAUCAGAAUAUAAAACUUGAUCUAAUACGUGAUUUACAGAAUUAUAUAUAG